CAGCGAUGUGUCAUUCAUCGUCGCUCGUUGCUGUCAGACCGAAAAAAACAUCAAUGAAAAAGGAAAAGUGGCUGGCUAAUUACUUCAUUCACGUAAACAUUCGCGAAAAAGUGGUGUUAAAAAUCCUUUCUUCCGCCAAGAACCAACCCAGCAAUCUACCUGGCCAGGAGUGGGACACGAAACCACCAAAAUGCACCUCUCGCAGGAUGUGUCCAGCGCGCUUCAGCAAAUCGAAAUUAUCAAACAGACCGUGGAGGAGCUGGAACCAAACAGCGGAACCAAGCUCAGCGUGAUGGAGGAGGACGUCAAGAUGAUCAUCGAUCUGCUGCAGGAUCCGGUGUUCCGAAACAUCGUCCAGAUCCAGGACUCGCUGGCGGAGCUCAACCACCAGAUCACGCAGCAUCCGUCGAUCCUGCCGGGGGACUUUGACAUCAUCAACAGCGGCGAACUGGUGCUGAACGUGCCACCGUCGGAUCUGUUCGAUCCGGACUAUCCAGACGAGCAGCGCGUUCCGUCGGCGCAGAUCUCGCCCGGCAGUCCGGCCCCGCCGUCGCUGCAAUCGGCUUCGACGUCCAAACUGGUACUGUUGGAGCAGCAGCAGCAGCAACUUCCGAUUGUGGGGCAGGUUGCUACGCCGCAGCAGCUGGGAUUGCUCCAGCAACAGCAGCAGCAGCUUGGUGGUGCUCCGUUGAAGCUGACCAAUGAGCUGCUCGAUGGGAGUGUGCUGGAGCACGACUCGCAGGACGAAUUUGCCAUGCUCGGAAUGGACAAGGCUGCUGGCCUGGUAGAACCCGCCGAGUGGUCCCGUAUCCUGGAUAUUGAGCUGGUCAACGAUGGCACGGGGCUGGGCUUCGGAAUCAUUGGAGCACGAGCGACGGGUGUGACGGUGAAAACGAUUCUGGCGGGUGGCGUGGCCGAUCGCGAUGGGCGCUUGCAGUCCGGGGAUCAGAUCCUGCAGAUCGGAGAUGUAAAUUUGCACGAGAUGGUGUCCGAGCAGGUGGCUUCGGUGUUGCGGCAGUCAGGGACGCAUGUUCAGCUGGUGGUGGCGCGGCCGAUCGAUGCCGAUAAUGGAGCGAUCGAGGAGUUUGAAAGUUCGGCGAUUGUUCCGACGGUUUUGUUGGGAAAUCCGCUCAAGUUGAAGCAAUAUCUGGCGGAUUCUGGCUAUCCGGAGAUCUUUAGCGUGUACUCGACCGCAAACGUGGAGAAGGAAAGCUUUGAUAAGGAUAGUCCGAUCGAGUUCCCUGAGACGGAGGUGUUUACUGUCGAGUUGAAGAAGGAUCAAAAUGGGCUUGGAAUAACGAUUGCCGGUUACGUUUGCGAGAAGGAAGAGUUGUCGGGGAUUUUCGUGAAGAGCGUUUCGCCGGGAAGUGCCGCCGAUUUGAGCGGCAAGAUCCAAGUCAACGACCGUAUCAUCGAGGUCGACGGUCAAUCGCUGCACGGAUUCUCCAACCACCAAGCCGUGGACGUUCUGAAGCAAUCUGGACACAUUGUCACACUCUGCUUGGAGCGAUACCUUCGCGGGCCCAAGUACGAUCAACUGCAGCAAGCGAUCGCCGCAAACGAGAUGAAACCACCGACUCCGGCCACUCCGCCACCGAAUCUUCCCGGGGGAGCCGAUCUCUCCAAGUACGGCAACAACAUUCUGGACAUUGUCCCGCGCAACGUGGACAAACGCUCGCCCGAGGCCAAACUGUUCAACAACUUCACCGAGGACGACGCCAACGCGGCGGCGCUCAUGAUGAUGGCCGAACCGGACCAGCAGCUGGAAACGAUGAUGGCGCACAAGAAGCUUGCCCGCGCCAAGGACUCGAUCGACACGCAGGAAUAUCGCGAAAAGAUCAAGGAAGCCUCCAUCAUUCCACCGCCAGCGGAGGCCGAACUGGACCUGCUGCUGGCGGAUGCCACGAAUCAGGCGGCCAUUGCCAAGCACGGCAAGCAGCGCAGCUCGCUGAAGGUCAACGAGGACACCGAGGCGUUCAUCGUGAAGAAGUGGACGACGCUGCUGGGCGCAAACGUGAAGAUCAUCGUGGCCAACAUUAGGAAGUUUGCGGCGUCCAGCGGGUUGGGCAUUUCGCUCGAGGGAACCGUGGACGUCGAGGGCGGGAAGGAGGUCCGACCGCAUCACUACAUUCGGUCGAUUUUGCCAGAGGGGCCGGUGGGUCAGAACGGACUGCUGCGCUCCGGGGAUGAGCUGUUGGAGGUCAACGGUCAGCGGCUUCUCGGCAUGAACCACCUGGAAGUGGUUUCGAUCCUGAAGGAGCUGCCACAAGACGUAUGCAUGGUGUGUGGGCGCGGCGACCAGGAGAUGCUGCAGUUCACCGAGGAAUCGCUGAUCAACACGCUGGAGGAGGAAAUCUCCAAGAGUCGCGGCGGGACGAUCGGGGGCGGACUGCAGAGCAGUUUGACUCCGUCGGAACGGUUGGUAAAGGCGAAGAGCGAUGGCAGUUUGGCGACGUCGGGAGGCGCUGGAGAUGGCUUUUCCAAGAUAAAGUCGCGCAGCUUGGAACCGCUGACGGGGCUGGCCAUGUGGAGCUCGGAGCCGCAGAUUAUCGAGCUGGUGAAGGGUGAGCGUGGGUUGGGCUUUUCCAUUCUAGACUACCAGGACCCGCUGGAUCCGAACGACACGUUGAUCGUGAUUCGUUCGUUGGUUCCGGGUGGGGUGGCUCAACUGGACGGGCGGUUGAUCCCGGGUGACCGGUUGCUCUUUGUGAACGAUACGAUUCUGGAGAAUUCCUCGCUGGAUCAGGCCGUCCAAGCGUUGAAGGGUGCCCCCAAGGGGGUGGUCAAAAUCGGCGUCGCGAAGCCACUGCCCAUGCAGGACUCGUCCAUCACGAGCGCCGUGUUCGAGGACAAGACGACGUCGUCCGCGGCGGCGCUGGCCAUCGGCGAGACCGUCGUUUCCGCCGGAACAAGCUACGAGAGCGCGUCCCGCGGCAGCGGCAAGAUGUUAUCGAUGAGUAAGCCGGACAUAAUCAUGGAAUGAGAACGCAUCGUCAUAAGCAGAGACGAAUUUGAGAGCUGUGUGCACUUGUUUCAACAGUUACAGGAUCUUUUGCGAUUUAUCGACUUUGUUAACGUUGCGAGCAAUUGCGACAAGUACCGGGUUUAAGUUUUCCACCGCCGCGAAACGCAAGUGCGAGCCAGCACCACCCUAAAAAAAUGCUUCCUUCCGUCAGUAGCAGCACCCUGAAGAAAAGAAAAAAAAGCAACACAGUGUAAUGUCUAGCUCUACGAAUAAUUCCCCGGGGGGGCGAGAACUUGAAGAUCGGCGUGACACGUGCGUGCGCCUUUCCCGCAACCCGGUUCUGCUUGUUUUUUUUUGUACUUAAGUUGAAAGCUGUAUUGUUACUUAAUUUUACACAUUACAACGUGGAGGUGAAUGGACACGAAAUCAGGCAAAUCACUCUUUUCUAAAGCUUACUUCUUUAGCACAGA